CCGGUCACAGCGGAUCACGGAAAGAGCUGAAGAUGUCAGCUCGGUCAUGUGAUCAGCUGUGUCCAAUCACAGCUGAUCACUGAUCAUCAGGGCACUGAUGAUCAGUGGGCCCUGAUGAUCAGUGUGGCCCCAAAAGUGCCACCUGUCAGUGCUCAUCAGUACCAGUGCCCAUCAGUGCAUACCAGUGCACAUCAAUGCCACAUAUCAGUGCCCAUCUGAGCUGCCUUUCAAUGUCACCUAUCAAUGCCAAUCAGUGCCACCUCAGUGCCGCCUAUCAGUGCCAAUCAGUGCCGCCUAUCAGUGCCAUGUAUCAGUGCUGCCUUUCAGUGCCCAUCAGUGAUGCCUGUCAAUGCCCAUCAGUG